UGGACGGAAAGCCCCGCAAACAACGAAGUGAUGAACGCAUCUUCACACGCGUCUGAUGGCCCAUUUUUCCGCUGCGGGACGAAGAAAAUGGUGUGAAGCUCAUAACGGUGAGCACAAGAGGAGAAUGGAGGGCAGUAGUCUCACGUUAUACACGUAAAGACGGCACUGCUGAAUGGCCACCAGUCGACCAUCAUCCUUCGUAGCGCGCGGGUUUCUUCGUUUUUUCCUCACCGAAAUUUCACGUUUCCGUUCGUUUUUCUUUGCUGCUGCUGCUGCUGCCGCCUCUGGUCUACGAGUUUCAACACCGAACAGGAAGGAAGGCCCGUGGCUUAUUCAUUUGUUUGGAGGUUUGCGCUACUGUGCAUCACUCUGCUCCGAGAUGACCGCGUUACACUUCACGCUGCUGGUCUGCAUCAGUUGGCUAGCCGUUGCCUUCGCCGCUGAACCAACGAGGCGUCAAACAAAAUUAGAAGACGGUGAACGUCGCCAGAUCUUUCGCGACGAGGUCGACCAUUUGAAAAAGGCUAAACGGCCAGCUGGUAGCAAUCAGGGUUACUACCAACCGCAGGAGGACGGCCAUCAACCACCAUACGAGGACAGUUAUCGACCAGAUACUCAAGACAAUUACAGGCCAACCUAUCAGGACAACUAUCAACCACCUAACCAAGACGUUGAUUAUCCUUCGAAUUAUGGCGACAAACCUGUCUACCAGCAAGACUAUAAACCAUCUUACGAAGACGAGUACAAACCAACCUACCACGAUGAAGAGAGACCGCCAUACGAAGACGAUUACAAGCCGAAUUAUCAAGACGAUCAUAAACCACCUUAUCAAGAUGGUUACAAACCGUCGUACGAGGACACACCGCUCUACGAGGACGACUACAAACCAAUUGAACAAGACAAUUACAAACCGACAUUUGAUGACGCAGACAUUCCAUUUUUUAAACCCAUCGAUUUUGAUAUCAAUUUUUACGGUGCUGGCAAUCAGAAACCUGAUGGCUACGACGGAUACGAUCAGCAUCAAGAACAGAAACCCUACGUCCCCCCACCGCCGCAAUACGAUGAUUAUGAGCCUGUGAAACCCGUUGCACCUAAGCCAUAUAAACCAGCCGUCCCCAAACCGUACAAACCACGCCCUACCUACCCGAAGGAGGUGGUACUGUUGAAGCCCAGCUUAGCCCUCAAAUCCAACGCGUACGCUGACAAGUACACCACGCCAAAUUAUCGCCCCAGUCACAUUCCUGGUACUCCUGGAGAAGACUAUCCCAAUUACACCGCCAUUCCAGAGACAUCUUUUGAUUGUCUAAAUUUCAAGAACGCCGAUUUCAGUUACAUGUUUUCGGAUAGGGACUCUGGAUGUCAGGUGUUCCAUACGUGUCACGAUGAUGGUCGCCAGGACUCCUUUUUAUGUCCGCUAGGCACAAUAUUCGACGUGGAAUCGCAGACUUGUGAUUGGUGGUUCAACGUCCGAUGUAUUUAAGUGACAUCAUCAUUAAUACUAUAUUUAAAAGUUUUUCCUUAUUUUCCUAGCACUUGUUCAAUUACUGAUGAAUAGCACCAUCUAUCCGUAUUGACAUAUGUAUGUUCUAAAGCAAUAUGGGAUAUAUCUUUCGUGAUUUUGCAAAGAAAUAUAACUCUUUCGUCUUCA